AUGGGAGACACAAUCUUAACCGGAUCAAGGAAUCCAAACACAAACCAAUUAUGGGAAAUAGACCUCGAGUCACCACAACCACAGGAACACGCCAAUUUUAUGGCAACAACACCCACCGCCACACCGGCAGAUCUAGUCGCAUUCGCACACGCAGCACUGUUUUCACCAGUGCCAUCCACACUCCAAAAAGCUCUCCAGAAAGGAUACAUCACCAGUUUCCCAGGAUUGACAUCGGACACCUUUGCCAAAUACACCCCUCAUUCGCUAGCCACCGCGAAAGGGCACAUGGAUCAACAGCGACAAGGAAUUAAAUCCACGAAAACGGAAGCAGCACCGUUACCACUACUACUGGAACCCGACAACGAUGAUCUGUUUCCCGAACACGAAGAACAACGUGACAUCAAGCAACAAUAG